AUGUCGAAAUCCCGGUCUCCCACUCCCAUCUCGAAUCUCUCCACUAACCCCACCGCCGUUAAUAUUGCACCAUCGCCCAAGCCAACACCUUCAACUUCACGACGUUAUCCUAUCGAGACCUCUUCCAGCUGGCCUGCCGAAGAAAACGACCAGCCACCCGCAUCGACGCACCUUUCAAUUCCGGAGACACGCUACAGGCGACAUUCUUCGCAUCUCGUUCGACGUGCUGAUAGUCCAUUAGAAGAGCCCAUGGCGAAACGCUACCGCAGGGAAUCCCCUGAGGUUAAAGCCCGGCCCGACGCUCGAUCUAGCCCUUCUUCCGACUCUCAAGAUGGAAUGGCGGACAAUGAGAUGGAUUUCAAGAAAGGAGAGCGUACUGAGCCACUCCCACCGUCGGUGUCUCCUCCCAAGAAAAAGCGAACACGUACCUUAACGACGCCCCAUCAGUCUGCCGUACUGCACGCGCUUCUGGCCCAGUCUCGUUUUCCGACUACAGCAAUGAGAGAAGAGGUGGGCCGUUCCAUCGGACUGAGUGCGCGGAAGGUGCAGAAUCAGCGGCAGAAGGCGAGAAGGCCGCGAAGUCAAGGGGAAACUCCUCCUAGUCGACCUCCACAGUAUGGGCCAUUCCCCACACCUCCGGAGCCUACACCAGUUGGAGCAUAUCCUCCGACCACCGGUACACACGGCGGCCGAGAUUACGAGGAAACCAGAGCGGAUCGCGCUCGAUACAGAUCGCAAUCUCAUCAAGCACCAGAGGGACACUUGGGUCCUCUAGACACGCCGCCUCGCUUGCUUGGCCCUGGCGUUCCAGGGUCUGUACCGUCCUAUGGUCGACGAAUAUACCACCACGUAAGACCGUCACCUAUUCCAGAGACCACGUCGGAUAUAGGCCAUCCAAGGGGAUAUAUGUAUCCAACCCACGCUACGCCCCGCUUAUUUCCCUCACCACCCAUGCACAUGCAUCGUCCGCCUUCUAUUCGGCCAGCGACUUCCCAGCCGAGAGGCUGGCGGGAUCGUGAUUUUUCGCGAACGCUACCGCCUUUGACUUCUAGUCGACCCGCGACGUCGGCGUUUGGUGCACGACCCCGUCGCGUCAUAAGUCCAAGUCCCCGAAUGAAUCCACUGAUGCCUCCGUUAAAUCCACGACGCUCCUUGUCUCCAGAAAUUCGAUUCGCCCAUCACCCUCCCGAUUUACCCAGACGCUCAUCUUUGGACCUUCCGCCCCCCUUCACCUUACAACCUCAGCCACAUUGGGAUGAUUCAGCAUACUCCCCCGUUCCGAGACCCAGCUCAUCUGGGUGGUCUCGCCCAGGCUCCCGCACGACUGUGGGAAGGUUGUCUUUCCCUCGCGCAUUUUUCAGAGGCGCCUCCGCUGCGGAAGCAGGCGAAACCUCUCAAAAUCUUGAGCGCACGCCACGUCUCAUACCCGCGUUAUCUGAGCCGUUACCACCAUUACCACCUCUACGUUCUGGCCGCUACGAUCCUGUUCGUUCCAUAUUCGUUCCUUUUACAACACCCACGGCAUCUCCAGAGUUAUCUCCCUCUCAGCAGGGCGACGAUCGUUCUGAUAGCGAACAAACUCGUGAGGCUCUCUGA